UCCCAUUCCACGCACGAGUGAAGGAGCUGAGAAGUUUCUAGAAGCUUAAGCUUCAGCUCGAGCUCUUCAGCCUGCCAUGGCUUCCACCGUGACGACGCCGAGCCGCCCGCUCUCGGCCGGGUGCCACCGCCGCUCGCCGCGGCGGUCCGCGCCCGUCGUGCUCUCCCUCGGCGGCGGGCCGCGGCGCCGAGCGCCGGCCACCAGCUGCUCUGCCCUCGCGUCGCCCGCGAAGCAGGGCAGUGCCAAGCUCCCGCCGCCGCAGCCGACGACGUCGAGGACGACCACGGAGGCCGACGCCGAGCAGGAGCGGACGGACUACAACGAGGUGGCCGCCGCGCUGGAGAGCAUCUACAAGCUGAGCCCCGCCGUGGUCGAGGAGAAGGACGGCGACGCCGACGAGGGCGACAAGAGCAAGAAGGCGAAGCGGAAGAGGAAAGGGAGAGUGGGACAGAGGAACCGGAGCGCGACGGUGACGGUGAGGAGCCGGAGGAGGCGGCUGGGACAGAGGUUGGACCUGGGAAAGAGAGUGGAGAUGAGGAGGAGGGAGGAAGAAGCCGGCGCCGGCGCCGGCGCCGGCAAAAGGGAAGACGAGGAGCGGGAGUUCGAGGAGAUGCUGCUGAGAGAGCACGCGGUGUCCACCGACAUGGGCAGCCUCGACUGGAAGCGGAUGAAGAUCCCGCCCGUGCUCACCUCCUCCCAGAGCGCCCGCCUCUUCAGGAUCAUGCAACCCAUGAAGGCAAUCUUGGAGGUGAAAGAGAACCUGCAGAACGAACUGCAGAGAGAUCCAACCGAUGCAGAGCUCGCCGAGGCCAUGAACAUGCCGGUGCUUCAGAUGAGACGCCGCCUCGAGGUCGGCCGAGCUGCCAGGAACAAGCUCAUCAAGCAUAACCUGAGGCUGGUGCUGUACACGAUCAACAAGUACUACCCGGACAUGGCGAACGACGAGAGGUUCGACGACAUCUGCCAGGCCGGCGCCAAUGGCCUCAUCACGGCGAUCGACCGGUUCGAGCCCAAGCGCGGCUUCCGCAUCUCCACCUACGCGCUCUUCUGGAUCCGCCACUCCAUCGUCCGCGCCAUGACGCUCUCCAACUUCACCCGCUUCCCCUUCGCCAUGGAAUCGGAGAGGCAGGAGAUCCACAGGGCGAGGGAGGAGCUGUCGUUCGAGCUCGGGCGGGCGCCGGCGGACGAGGAGAUCAUGAAGAGGGUGGGCCUGUCUCCGGCGAGGUACCGCGACGUGCUGCGGAUGACGAAGCCGACCUACUCCCUCCACGCGCGGAACAGGGUCACCCAGGAGGAGCUCAUCAACGAGGUCACCGACGCCGACGCCAUCGGCGUCGACACCAGCAAGCACAACACGCUCCUCCGCCUCGCCAUCGACGACCUCCUGGAUUCGCUGAAGCCGAAGGAGAGCGUGGUGAUCCGGCAGAGGUUCGGGCUGGACGGGAGGGGGAAGCGCACGCUGAGCGAGAUCGCCGGAAACCUCAACAUCUCGAGGGAGAUGGUACGCAAGUACGAGCUCAAGGCGCUCAUGAAGCUCAAGCAUCCCACCCGAGUUGAAUACCUGCGCAGAUACAUGUGAUUCACCAACACAAACUCUCUCUCUCUCUCUCUCUCUAUGUGUGUGUCUGUGCAUCAUUGAUCUGUGCAUAAACCGUGUAGAACAAACAUGUACUGCUAGCAAUUCCCUUAAUUAAUUCCCAGCCCUGCGUAACAUUAGCAAGGGAUCCCCAUUAGCAAAUACUACGAACAAACACAGGUAUUCGUACGGUGUAUAUUCUGCUGUAUAUAUGUGUAUACAUUCUCUCUCUCUCUGCGUUGCAGAUUACAGAUACAAAAUACACUGAGAUUGUUCAAAGUGAGGUUACUCUUAAAUUGUAUCUCAGAUGUAAUUAGUGUAUAGAUAUCUUGUACAUCUACCCAUGCUUAGCUUAGCUCAUGUGCUGUUUAUUCCAGAAGAAAAGACAUUUCGCUUUUGUUACUUCUAUGGGGUGGUGCUGAGUCAGUACAAUACUUUGUGAAGGCUAAACAUGUUCAUCAUAUCAAUGAACUUGCCCAAAUUGUAUACGAAAUUGCAAAGGAUCAGGAACGUCAGGUGACACAUGAAACUCGUAGCCAUGCCGACUGCCACAUGUAAACAUCACAGUUUGCUGAGAACAAAAAUGGGGAAAAAGUUU